CUCUACGUCCCGUACAUGCGCACUGGCAGCCGGAAGUGAGUCGGUGGUAUCUACUGUUUUCACUUGUUGCCGGAUCCGUAUAUAGCGAAGCGUUCCCGGCAGCAGCAUGGAUACUAAGGCUCUUUCUUCUCAGCUGAAGGACAGUAUCCCAAUAGCUGAACUCUCUACUCAGUAUGGGGGGUAUGGAAUACAGGACACUCUCCGAACAGGGUUUACAAGUGCCCAGAGUGAGCUAUUGCCAAGCCAUCCUUUAGAACUGUUAGAAAAAAAUUUUCAGGCAAACAAAGAGAAAGUCAGUAUGUCCACUUUAAGAAAUAUCCAAGGCUUGCACGCUCCUCUGAAGCUACAGAUGGAGGCCAAGGCAGCCAAGCUGGUUCAGCGUCUCCCUUUCCUUCCAAGCUCUAACAUUGCUCUGGACACCCUGAGAGGAAAUGAUGAGUGCAUUGACUUUGAAGAUAUUCUCAAUGAUCCUUCUCAGAGUGAGGUGAUCGGAGAACCACACAUGAUGAUGGAAUACAGUCUGGGCCUACUGUAACAUAUGCUUUCAGCUACUUCAAUAAAAUGUCUUCAGUUCUUUUGUAAA